AGUCGCGCAGUCCGCCCGCGCUGCGACUCUGUUCCGUUAGAUAGUCAAUUUGAAUCCUUCACCAUGCUGAUAGGACUCGUUCGGGACUCGGUGCUGCAGUGCUUCUGCCACUCGUGCAGAGCGCCAGUCCUGCCUGCAGCACACCGGCGCUCGGCACCAGUCAAGAAACCAGUGGGUAAACCAAGGACGAAGCAACCAAAGAAGGUCAAAUUCAUAACUACCGAAAUCCGCUGCCAGGAGAUGUCGAAGGGAGGGCUGGCGUACGAGGUGAUCCUCGCGGAGCCCGUGGGUGUGCCCGUGCCGCGCCGCGCCGACUCGCCCGAGAAGACCCCGUCUGUUGAGGAGAUCCAGGAGAAAUUGAAGGCUGCUGAGGAGAGGAGACGUAGUUUGGAAGCCAGUAAAAUGGCCGUGAUCGCCCAGAAGAUGGCCAAGAUCGAGGAGGCGUCGAAGUUCCGCAGCGAACAGACCAACAACUUCAUCGCCAGCACCAAGGAGGCGCUGGACGCCAAGAUGGACUCCCACGAGGAGAAGCGCGAGGCCUACAUUAACGAGCUGCGGGCUCGGCUUAAGGACCACCUCGAGGGCGUUGAGAAGACAAGGUUGACCCUGGAGCAGCAGACGGCCGAGGUGUACAAGGCCAUCGAGGAGAAGAUGAACACGGCGGCCGCGCAGCGCGACGAGAACAUCAAGAAGAUGCUCGAGCGCCUGCGCGAACACGAAGAGCAGGUGCGCAAGGUCCGCGCCGGCAACCAGGAGCGGUUCCAGCAGCUCGAGACCUCCAUCCAGGACAAGCUGCAGCAGGCUGAGGAGCGCCGCCUCGCUCGCGACGCCGAGCAGCGCGAGAAACGGCGCCACCAUAACGCAAAGAUCGAGGACGCGCGCGCGACCGUCACGGCCAAAGUUGAAGAGAUUACGAAGGACAUCGAGACCAAGCUCACCGCCGCUGAGCAGAAACGAGAGCAGGAGAUACAGAAGAAACUCGCCUUCGUUAAGGAGGAGGAGCGGCGCGCGGAGCUGGUGCGGCAGAACAAGAGCGCCCGCGCCGAGAGCGAGCCGGCGCCAUCUUGCGGCUAGACACACACACACGCACCGACUCGCACCGCCCACACGUUCCACAUUCAAACAUCAACCACAUACGGUCAUAUCUAAAUGAGAUGUUAGUCAAGAAUCUACUAAUCACGUUUGAAACAAAACAACAACACCAAGGGCCAGUUGCAUCAACCACAGUUAACAGGCACAUCGAGGUCACGCAACAGUAGUCUCAAGAACAUUCCCAUACAAAAUGAAUUGCGAAUUUUAAAUGCGGUGACAGACGGUGUGGUGCAACCGACCUUAAGGGUUGUUUGUAUGAGAAUAAUUCACUAUUGAGACAUUGGACUAUGGUUAGUGCAACUGGCCCUUAUACAUCCAGUAUUUAAUAGAAAUAGAUAGAAUUAUUAACAGUAUACACAACUACUUAUUGCAAAACGUGUAUUCACAGUCAUUUGAAUAGGAUACCUAGCCAACUCUAGUCCAUUAAAUAUUAUUUAAGUGUAUUAGAGGCUUUUUAAUCGUAAAAUGUGGCGGUGCAUAUUAAAAUUGGUUACAUAAUUUUAAUGUGUUGUCACAAACAACGAUGAAGGAUUCCAAAGUAAUACAUAAUGGGCUAAGGUUACAUCUAACUUGAAGUAUUUAAAUAAUUCUGGACAACGUGUCAUGUCUUGAAAAAGUAGCUGCACAUAGAUUUUUACAUCACAUUACUUAUAUUGUGCGACAUGAUCUUGUCCGGUUUCCUUGAAAAUCAAAUUGUUUGUGGUUUAGUUUGGGCUGUCGUAGUGAUCCUGUUAGAUCAACUUAUCGGUAACAUGGCAGCUCUCCUAAUGCAUGAACAUGAUUACUGCUUCCAUGUUGAAAAUAAGUUGAUAUGUGGAACUACUGCGUCGAGUCAUGGUGUUAGAACUGGUGCGUCCCGCUUACGCUCAUGGUCACGCUUCAAUCAAACAUUUUAAUUUAUAACUAUUUCAUUUCAUCAUGGCAAUUUUGCUGAGGCCUCAUAUCGUGAUCUCAAUUACUCCUACCCGGUUUUAUACGUGAACCUUCAUCUAAAGCUGAAAUCGAAAGGAAAUCAUGCAAAAAUAAUUUUUAAAAAGUUCAUUCAAGUUUUAAAGAAUUUUGAGCGGGCGUUCGGGAAAAUCCCCAUAGUUAUAGACUUAUAUCAUUAUUUUAAAUGUUUAUCAUACGCGGCAGUAUUUUUAGGAACGUAUAAUAAAGUUAAUGUAAUUUAAGUUUCCACAUUCGUAUCGAUAAUUCGCCAUUGCUACCGACUGUGUGUAUUAUCGGACCGAAAAUGAUUGUAUGGAUCAACGAUCUGAUGGGACAUGUCACUGGUUACCUAUUUAGACGUGAUUUAGUUAUUUUUUUCUCCAUUAUUAAGAUGGAAUUAUGACAUGUGUUAAAUUACCAGUGGCAUGUUCUGUAGAUGUUAGUAAUAUCAGAACAACGUUGUUUAAAAUACAUGAUAAUUCAAGAGUUUGUCACAUGUAUUAUAUGACGUUAAAUGUUAGGAUAUUAUUCACACUGGACAUAGCAACCAAAACUUACAUAUUUUACAUUAUAACACUAAUAUAUCAUUAACGAUUCUCUUUUAAGACAAUCUAAAUGGAUAUAAAGGCAGAUAAUAUCAAAAUACAGUUUUGAAUUUCAAGUUUUUGGUCUGCAAUGUUCAGAAAUAUAAGAUUGUUGGUCGUGGGUGUGUGGCUGGUUGUGUCGGCUCUAAAGCCUAUUUGAAUAUAUCCGGAUAUGUUUGUAUAUAUUCAAAUUUUUUCUUUGGCAGAUAUCAUAAUAUUGUAGUUGAGUAAACCCAGCUACAAAUUUACUAGGAAAUAUGUGUAGUAACUAAUUUGUUGUAUUUGCAAAAAAAAUUAACAAUAAAAUUACAAGUCUGUAACAGUGGCGCCCUCUCGGCGACUAGGGUGCACAUACGUUUUCUAAUGAACCCAAUCAAGUCCCAAUUUGUGCAAUCCAAUCGAUCUCUCGUUUUGAGGACCAAAUCAAUAUAAUGACACAAAUUAAAAACCUCUUGGGGUUUGACAAUUUUCCUUGUAUAAUGGCUCGCGCUAGAGGUUAAUUCAGUAUUUGAAAUGUGCUAACAAAUAUUAUGAUAUCUACGGCCGACUCGCCAGCGUUGGACAGAGCUCACUCGAUCUCAAAGAAACAAUAAAAAUAGAAGUGCCUCACUAUUUCAUAAUCGGCUCUCUGAUAUCAAUAGAAUGUAAAAACUGCCUUUCAUAGCGUUUUAUAUUUUUUUAAAGGUAGUGGGGCUGAGUCGGGCACGGCUUCUGUGAUGUUUCGCUCUAGUGAUAUGUGUAUCGACUUCGGUUAGGCACAAAUUAUAUCGAUACUUUUAAGCGCAGAAGUGUAAACUUUUAGACAUGCGGGCUUUGGAUUUGAAGUGCAUUUUAUAGUUCAUGACAAAAAAAGAUGCGUUUUGAUUUAUAGAAAACGGUUUUUAUAACCUACGGCAGCUUUUGGGUGCAACAUUCGUGUAGUAAUUUCUAAACAUCAGUGCAAAUUGCUAUAAAUUCUUAUUUUCCCGCAUGUAUAUUAGUUUAUUGAUCUGUUUUAAGUUACGGAGAGGAUCCUGUAUUUUAUAGUAUGUUUUCGCGAUUCAGUUAGGGUCAGUGGAAGGAUAAUAAUUGUAUAUAAGUAAGAGUCGGUAUCGCUUGCCGCGGAGGCUUCGCUCGGUGUCCUAAUAAGGACUAGUGUAAGCAGAGACCGGAUGAAGAAUGCUAAUGUCAAGAUUUAACGUUCCUUGGAGAAAAGUUCUCUCUCAAUUUAAAAAAAAAGUUCAGUUGAUACCGCUGUGGUCCUAGGGACUGACAGUGUUAAAUCUAUUGUGAAAUGGUUAGUUUUGAGGAACGGAAAUUGUGAAUUAGCAUUCUGUUUUAAUUGGGUCAAAAUUAUUUUAUUUGUCUUGUUUUUGAUGACACGGUUUGAUUUGUUUUAACUAUAAAAUAAAUAAAUACAGUCUGUCAAGCCAGUUUGUUAGAACAAAAUUGCGGAAAAUUCAAAAUUUGCAACGAAAUCUUUUCGCUUACAUUUUUGAAUUUUUCGUACUUUUUCUACUAGCGUAAUGGUUUGACAAACUAUAUUAUGUCCAAACUACAAGACAAUGUUAUAAUGUUGACCUAAUAAUCGGCUCUGGUGUAAGUACCUACUAGCUUGUGUAACCUGACCAAUCGCCUUGGGUAUUGUGACGCCUUUUUCUCACGAUCGGGAAUCAUGUAUGCGAGAAGCUUGUCGGUCUAGUACCGUAUGUUUAGUUAUUUUAUAUUUUUAUGUCUUGAUGUGCUUCGGUUCGUGAGCAGUUGAAGUACUUUUAGUAGUUUCAUUGUCGUAUUGAAUAAAGUCAUAAAUAUUAAUUAA